UCACAAGACUUACAUAGACAAAAACCACAAAGAAGGAGAGAAUGGGUUCAAAGUCUCCAAGAAUUGCUGCACUAGUGUUACCACUGCUUCUUAUACUUUUCACUCUUUCCUCUCAAAUUGAAGUCGUGGAAUCUACAGGCCGCAAACUUUCGUGGUGGUUUACGGGAACUCCCAUUGUGUACACACCACCUUCAAGGUCAUGUGGAACUUCUCCAGCAGUAUACACUUCGAAAUGGAGAAGACCCCGACCAUGUAGGCUUCCUCCAGGAGGUGUUAUUACUGCUUCUGAUAAAUCUCCUUAA